AUGAGCUCAGACGAGCGAACGUGUUAUUAUCCGGAAGGAAAUGUUGGAAGUGAUCUCGUACCAUGCACAUCUGACGAUGUCACGCACUGUUGUGGUAGUGGCGGAAUCUGCCUUACAAAUGGAUAUUGUCUCGAUGUAGGACAGCCAUUUGUCGCCUCAAGGGGAGGAUGCACAAGCAAUACUUGGGCCUCCGGAUGUCCAACUCAAUGCCAGGACGUAUUACCAGACGAAGGCACAUCAAUUAUCAACCUGUCUUACGAGAACGGUAUCUCACUAUACUGCUGCGGAACACCUGUCUACAAUGGGUCCGCAAUUGUGUGUCCAUACGGCAACAGUUUCGAGCUAGACGAUGGAUCCGCUAUUCUAGGACGCGCUGCGCUUGUCAAUGCGACGACCAAGACCUCGACAACGUCGAACGCAACCACAACCACAUCUUCCAACUCCUCAGCUAUCACUACCUCAUCAAGUUCCAGUGACAACUCGCACAAUGUGGCGAUCGGGGUGGGUGUCGGUAUCCCGCUGUUUGUCAUUGCGGUUGGCACUUUACUCUGGGCACUUUGGGAGCGAAGACGGGCUAAUCGACUGAGCAAGUCCUUGAUUUCUGCGGGUGUUGCUCAAGGUGGUUAUGGGGAAGCUUCUGUCGGUGGAAGAAGCAGCUCUAGACCGACGGAGCUGGACCCUCAAGUUCCAGUGGCGGAGUUGAUGGAGAGAGAACAGGCAGCGGAGAAAUGA